GCAGCCCUACACAUACAGGCAAAAUCGCUGGACUUUCUUUAAAGAAUAACUUCUGGUUUUUCAGCUCAUUUUCCUAUUGUUUUGCUACGGAUAAGGUAAUCAGCUAAAACACCUUAGCUGAAUAACAUACAUCAUGUUCAGAGCUGCAAAUCAUGUGUCAAGGAAGGUUUUAUCCAGGGUGGGAUCCACCAACCCUGCACUGCCAGGCCAGCUCAGCUCCAGGUCCCAGACCACAGCGCCCAAGAAAAAGGGCAGUGUCUCGGCGGUGACGGUCGGCGCCGGUGUCGUCUCUCUGGCGCUCGGCGGCACCGUCGGGUACGCCUGGCUCGACCCGGCCUUCCGUGACACAUUGGAGGCGUCGGUGCCCUACUCGAAGGAGGCCCUGGCGGCGGUGCUCGGGGAGCGCGCGCCGCCCCCGCCCCCGCCCGAGGAGGUGCCCUCCAAACUGCGCAUUAAAAAGCCAGCUCAGAAGUCGGAACCAAAGAAGGAGGUGGCCAGCGACUCGGCGCCUGCUAAAUCCACCGACAAGUCAGAAGCGGUGGAGCCGGCGUCAGACGCCAAGGCCUCCCCACCAGCGGAGGCGGCCGAACAGCCCUCAGAGGCGGCGCCCGCGGAGGCCAAGAGCUCGGCGGAGGAAGACGCCGCGCGCGCCGCCGAGGAGCGCGCCCGCGCCCUGGAGGCCGACCACGCCGUGGAGAAUCUGGCGCUGGAGAACCUGCUCAAGGAGCUGAGUCAGCAGGCGCAGAUGGCGCUCGACGUGGCCGUCGACGCUCAGCAGCGCGCCGCCUCUGCCGUCGUCGGUCACGUGGAGCGGGUGUUCCGCAGUCUCGAUGACGCCACGGAGGCUGACUGGUCCGAGGUGAAGGACUCGGCAGACAUCAAGGCGCAGAUCUGCAAGAAGGCAGACGAGCUGGCUGAGAACGCGCGGGAGUACCUGGACAAGCUGUCUUCUGUCGUGGAGGAUUCCCGCCGGAACAAGGUGACGGCCACCAACGAUCAGCUGACGCCCGUCCAGGAGGCGCUGGCCGCCGCCUACUACCGGCUGGAGACGGCCAAAAACAAGGUGGCGGCGGCGCUGAGCGAGGCGCGCGUGAUGGACGAGUUCCGACAGCUGGUGGACGAGUCGCGCGCCAAAUUCCAGCAGGAGAUGUCCAGCAUCGUCCCGGGCGUGGUGCUCGGAGAGAAGAACACCAAACUCUCCGAGGAAGAGCUGAACGUGCUGCUCGUGCACGCCUACAGGAAGGUGCUCUACCUGCAGAAGGAGCUCGCCAGGAUGCUGACUGUGGAGCAGCAGAAGUUCAGCUCGGCGCUGGAGCGGCAGCGCCAGGAGCUGGACGCGGUGCUGGAGGAGCGGCUGUCCACGGAGCUGAGCCGCCAGCACCGCCAGGUGGAGCUGCACCACCGACAGCAGCUGGAGGCGCUGCAGACCGAGCUGGAGAACGAGAUGCGGCAGCAGCUGCGACGCCAGGCGGCCGCACACUCGGACCACCUCCAGGACGUGCUGUCAGUCCAGGAGCGCGAGCUGAAACUGCGGUUCGAGAUGGCACACGAGGAUCGCCUGCGCGACGAGCGACAACAGUAUCAGUCAGAGCUGGCUGUGGUGAUGGGAGAGCUCAAGGGUCUCAAGGACGCCAUCACAGCACGGGCCGACCUGGACCGGGCGGCGCACCACGCUCAGGAGAUGUGGGUCUCGUGCCAGGCGCUCAAGCAGGCCAUCCGCACGGGCCAGCUGGGCGCCGCCUCGUGGCAGCAGCAGCUCAAACCGCUGCGGGACGAGGCGGCCGCCAUCCGACAGGUGGCAGGCGAGUCGAACCGUUUUGUCAGCGCGGUACUGGACAACCUGCCGGAGGUGGUGCUGGAGCGCGGCGUCUACACUGAGGAUGCCCUCCGAGAGCGCUUCUGCAAGGUGGAGCGGCUCUGCAAGCGGGUCAGCAUGAUCGACGACGAGGGCGGCAGUCUGUUCAAGUACGCCCUCAGCUACCUGCAGUCGCUGCUGGUGGUCGAUGCCUUUGAGCGACUCCCCAGCAAAGAGCAGCGCGAUGAACCGAUCAACCCCACGCAGCUCAACACGUACGAGAUCAUUGCACGCGCAAGGUACUGUAUCGACAAGGACGACCUGAUCCAGGCGGUCAAGUACAUGGGCCUGCUGCGCGGCGAGCCCCGCCUGGUGGCCUCCGACUGGAUCCGCGAGACCCGGCUCCUGCUGGAGGCCCGCCAGGCCGCCGACGCCCUGCUGGCACACGCGGCCGCCACCGGCCUACAGGCGCUCUAGGGAAGCUUUAGUUGCGGUGCUCGACGCUAGAUGACAGUACGCGCGCGGCGCGACUGGCGGGAUGUUUGAAAUUGGCUGCUGUUGUGGUGGCUCGCCCGCGAACGCGAGGCGCCGAACAAGUGAGUGGGGCGGGCGAUCGAGAACGGCUUGUGAUUGUCCGUGGCGCUGGAAAGGCGGCCGCGGGAGAGGUUACGGGAGUGCGGGAGGAACCUCAGAGAGAGCGUAGGGCUGUACCCUGCAGUUUCCAAACAGAUGAAGAUCACUAUUGUUCGAUAUUGUUUGUACAUAGCGCGAGUGGUGCCUGUUGCUCUGUGUGCCGGGGUGCGGUGGAGCGGCACUCGUUCAGGGUGUGCCACAGGGUCCUGCUGCCCACCGUGAACACCGGACGCCGGACCGGCCGCGGCGCGUCUUUAUGAGAGCCGUAUGUGAGAGUGGUACGGUCAGACUACUGCCAGUAAUACAUACUGGAUGUGCA